CCUUCCUUUUUAGUUCCUCUCCAUAACUUAUCUUUUCACAUCUACUCUCUCUCUCUACAUUUAUAUCUAUAUAUAUUCUCUGAACCCAUCUUACAUUCAAGAUCAAAUAAAUAAAAAAGCUUUUGAGAAACACAACUUUUCUAUCAAAUAAGGUUUUGUUUUUGUUGCUGGAUCAGAUAUUUUCUUUUCUUUUAGGGUUUAAGGUUUCUUGGGUGAUAGAGAAAGAUGGAAGCGUUUGGUGGGUUUCACAAGGAAGAUGAUGAGCAGAUGGUUUUGCCUCCUGGGUUUAGGUUUCAUCCAACAGACGAAGAACUCAUAACCCACUAUCUUCACAAUAAGGUUCUCAACAUUGAUUUUUCAGCUAAAGCUAUUGGUGAGGUGGAUUUGAACAAAGCUGAGCCAUGGGAGUUGCCAUAUAAAGCAAAAAUGGGUGAGAAAGAAUGGUACUUCUUCUGUGUGAGGGAUAGAAAGUAUCCAACCGGUUUGAGGACUAACCGGGCAACUCAAGCCGGUUACUGGAAGGCAACAGGGAAGGAUAAGGAGAUUUUCAGAGGCAAAUCACUAGUUGGUAUGAAGAAAACACUUGUUUUCUACAGAGGAAGAGCUCCAAAGGGGCAGAAAACAAACUGGGUGAUGCAUGAGUAUAGGCUUGAUGGGAAACUCUCUCCUCACAAUUUGCCCAAAACCGCCAAGAAUGAAUGGGUGAUAUGUAGAGUGUUUCAUAAAACUGCUGGAGGCAAGAAGAUACCUAUUUCGACGUUAAUGCAAAUAGGUUCUUAUGGAGGUUCCGGUUUACCACCUCUAACAGAUUCUUCACCAUGCAAUAACACAACCAAGACCGAACAGACUUACGUGCCCUGCUUCUCCAACCAAACUGAAACAAGAGGAACAUUACUUAAUUACUUCAGCAACAACCCUGCCCUUAGCUCUAUUCCACUAUACCUACCUCAAUCUCUCCAUGUUUCUGAUCCGGUUCUUACUCAAGAACAAUCGGUUUCUCAAGCGAUGUUUGAGAACAACAGAAGGCAGAGCUUCAAAACGUUGAGUAUCUCGCAGGACACUGGAGUUUCUAAUACCGAUAUUGAAUUUGGGAGGAGAGGAUUGGAUCAUCAAGAAGUUCCAUCUUCCUCCACUGGUCCGGUUGAUCUUGAACCAUUCUGGAGUUACUGAAGACUCAGAAGUUCAUUAUCUUAGGUCACAUGUAAGAAGAACUUCGCAAAGUGUUUUUUAUUUUUUCCUUUUAGCGUGGUGUGCUAAGUUUGUAUAGAUUAUUAUAUCACAACCUCAUACUCUUUAGUGUGUUUUUAUUAUUAUUAUACUAUUAGAGAGAAAGGAUA